AUGAAAUUUUUGCUUAUUCCUGCCACCAUUUAUUUUUUUGUUUCGGGAUGGUACUUGUUCAUUGAAGCCAAAUUGCCAUAUUAUCCUUUUCAACACGUUCUUGAGUUUACUCCCAAUGUACAUUAAAUGAGUUUAAUUAUUUAGCAUGCUGUUUAAGCAUUGUUCGCAAUUGCGUUAGGCUUAUGCAUUUUGAUUGACGUUAAGAAGCUUCUUAUAGCUUUUUUGUUAAUAGGCGUGGUAGAUCUCUCAUUAAUUGUUCGCUAUUGCUUUAAAUUAGAAAUGCAGGAACUUAGUGAAGCCUUAUAGCAGUAUUAAUAUGAAAAUAGUUUAAAGUGUUGGAUACAAAACAAUUUUGUUGGGAAUCAUAAUAGAAGCUAUGAGAGACCAAGUCAUUUAUGAGUAGCCUGAGAAAAAGGAGAAGAGGAAGAGGAAAGUGAAGAAGAUGGUUGAAAUUGAAGUGGAGGAGGAAGUUGAUGAGGAUGAAGCUAAAGAAACUCAAAAACCUAAUACUAAAGUAACAGAAGAAAUCAAACAAUCUCCGUCUAAGAAAAAAGAAAAGAAAGGCAAAUAAUGAUAUAUGUUAUCAUGCAAAAAAAUGUGUGG